GCAGGUAGAUCACAGGUGAGUUUCGUGACGUCAUACAGGAAGUGGACAAAAGGACGUCCGUGUGGACUUUCUGUUGGUGUUGAACGGUUCCUCGGCAAUUGCGGAAAUUAUUCCAGAGGAAAGGCUCUUCCUUCGCAGAGAAAGAUGUGCACGUUUGACAAGGACAAAGGACCAAGGAGGCUGAUGAAAAAGGGGUUAACUCUCAUCCUGGUCGGCCAUAUUAACUUCAUCCUUGGAGCUAUUGUCCAUGGCAACGUCCUCCGCCACAUUUCCAAACCCAACCAGCAUAUUACUCCUGAAUAUACUGUAGCCAACAUAAUUUCUGUCACCUCUGGCCUACUGAGCAUUGCCAGUGGAAUUAUUGCCAUCUUGGUAUCAAGGAACCUUCACGUGCUUAAACUGCAAAUAGGACUUCUGAUUGCAUCAUUCCUGAACGCCCUGCUCUCGGCAGCUUGCUGCACUGGGCUUCUCUUGGCCAUCAGUAUCACUGUGGCCCAGGACGGGGAGGGUUUGAUGUAUGGAUGCAACACCACACAGCCCAUCAACGCUCGGUCGCCUGUCAGUGCCCAGUGUCCGUUUGAUACCACACGAAUCUAUGAAACCACCCUGGCACUGUUGAUCCCUUCUGCGGUGAUGGCAGCUGUUGAGGCUGGACUGUCAGGCUGGUGCUUCCAUGUUGGACUGGCUCUCAGGGGGCUGGCACCCUGUGGGAACAGUUACAUCAAAGAGCAGUUGGAGGGAAAGGCUGAGUGCUCCCCCCACAGCCGACGCCUGAUUGGAAAGCGCUCGAAUCCUGAAGCAUAACCGAACAAAAAAGCAUGAAGGACAGACAAACACAGCCACAUUUCAAAGGUAUCACUGCAUCUGUGUACAGACUGAAGUAUCUACAAUGAAUUAGGUGAGUGUCGCUGCAGUGAUGUAGGGCAGGAAUGGAGUCAGUUCAGACUCUUCCUUUAUGGGACCAUAGUGCUACAUACAGUUAAGUUGUGGGUAGAAUAGAGCAAAGCUAAUUUCAAUACCCAAUGAAACCCAUCAGUGGUUUAGUCUGUUCAGUCCAUCCUUCUGUUCAGGUACUAGAAUUUAGUGUGUGUAUAUGAGAAAGCUUAUACCAAACAAGAUUCAUGCAAAGAAACACUUAUUUUUGAAGACGUCCCAUAUGAUAUGUCCCAUUUAGGAAACAUCUGUUUUAUUUUAGCUGAAUGUGUGUAUGUAUGUAUGUAUAUAUCACGAAUGUAUGAACUCUUAUUUCAGCGACAUUUGAUUUUUAUUGCAGUGCUUUUAAAUUUUUUGAUAAACCACUCCAUUGCAUCUGAGGUGCUUUUAAUGGACAUGUUUAAUGUCUAAAAAAAGUCCAGUUCCAGCCCCUCGUGUACAUGGGUCAGUUAUAAUGUGAAGUCACGUCAUGUAAACAGGUAGAUGCUAUUAUUUACUAUAAACUACUAUUUCUAGUCAUGUCUAAUGCUUGGCAGAUUUAAUUUGGCUACAAACUACAUUAGAUGUGCUAAGCUGUACUUCCUGAAAACGGUAACAGAUAAUUAUAACUUCUGUUAUAAAGUCACAUGUUCAUGUGAUUUACAUGUCACAUGUAAAUCACUGGCUCGUUGAGCUCACCACGGCCACAGAAACUAUGCUGUAUUUUAUAUGCUUUUUUUUAUUGUACUCCUUUGUUAUUUGUCAGCUUUGUUGUAGAAUCGAGUGAAUUUUGUGAAAAUGUCCCUCACACAGAAUUAUUUUAUUUUUAGAAUAUGUUUUGCUUUUUCUCUGACAUUUGAAGGAAUUAUCAAAUCAAGAGAUUAAAUAUUUUAUCUGUGUACACCCA